AUGACCAAAACAGCCCUCCUCAUAAUCGACAUGCAAAACUUCUUCGCCCCCAUGGCCACCUCCGCCCUCCCAAACAUUCAAAAACUGCAUUCCUUCUUCUCCACCUCCAACCGCCCCAUCCUCUUCACCCAACACGGCCACCCAGAAUCCGACCUCAAACCCCCCUACAAGAACCAACUGGUCCGCCGCUGGGGCCCCUCGGGCUCCAUCCACCGUGGCAGCAAAGAAGGCGACUUUAUGCCCGGUAUCCGCGAACUCGUCCACGACUCUGCCGAAAUCGUGCAGAAGAACACUUACGACGCUUUCAUCAACACGGACCUAGCGGAGCGUCUGGAGAAGAAGGGCGUCGAGCGGCUAGUGGUUUGUGGUGUUAUGACGGAUUGCUGCUGCGAUACGACGGCCAGGAGUGCUUUCAAUCGUGGGUUCGAGACGUGGUUGGUUAGUGAUGCGUGUGGGAGUGCGGAUGGGGAGCAGCAUGAGGCGGGGUUGAGGGGGUUUGGGUUUGCUUGUGGGGGGGUUAUGACGGCGGGGGAGGUGGUGAAGGCGUUGGGGAAGGAGGGAGCGUGA